AUGUCGACCCUGGUCGCGGAAUUGGUCCGUCAGGGGAAAGCGCCGGAUCUGACGAAGCCACGAUGGGAUCAGAAGACCUUCGAGGGACGUCUGAAGCACUUCUUCACCACAACCAACCCACUCAACUUGUUUACAAGCGAGCAGAAACUCAAUGAAUGCCAGAAAAUCGUCAAUGACUACGUGUAAGUUCAUAUGCGAAUUGCUCGAGGCUAGAUGUUGGAAUUUUAAUGAAAUUUGGCCCACAUGUUUUUUAUAGACCAGAAACUAAUUGCUGAAAAUUUCAGCUUUUGAUUUGCAGGCAGCGCCAGGAAAUUUAACAAAACUUUUGGCGCGAGAGAGUAUGCGGAAUGAAGAGAGCGGUCAGAAAAAAGCCAUUUUUAAGUGUAUCUUUGCCGAUUUCGCUCGGAAAAAACUGAUUUUUCGUAGAAAUAUUGUAUUCAGCAUGACAAACAAUAUGCCAAUUUUUCAUUUUGAAAAUAAAACUGAUUGUCAGCGUGUUUUACCUUGUUUUUUUCAGAAAACACAAGAAUUACCCUCCGAACAUGACCGUUGAUGAAUUGUGGAGGGCCAAACAUCUUUAUGACUCGGCUUUUCAUCCCACAACUGGAGAGAAAAUGUUCGUUUUGGGGAGAAUGAGCAGCCAGGUACCUUGCAAUAUGACGAUUACCGGUGGAAUGCUCACUUUUUAUAGGUAAUUAAAAAAAAUUUAAGUAUUUUUUUGAAUUUUUUAAAUUUUUUUUUUUGAUUUUUUGGGUUUUUUUAUUUUUUUCGAUUUUUAUUAAAAAUUUUUUUUUUGUUUUGGAUUUUUUAUUUUUUUAAUUAAACAAAAAUUUUUUGAUUUUUUGUCUUUUUUUAAUCAUCAAAUUUCCAGAUCCACCCCAGCCGUAAUCUUUUGGCAAUGGAUCAACCAGUCGUAUAAUGCCAUGGUAAAUUUUGCCAAUCAAUCCGGAAAAUCGAAGGAGACUUCGCAGCGGCUUUGGUUUGCAUAUUUUUGCGCGACUUCCAGUGCCGUUACAGCGGCAUUGGGACUAAAUGCGGCCACAAAAAAACUUCCACCUCUGGCUCAAAGAUUGGUCCCGUUUUGCGCUGUGGCCGUCGCUAAUAUGAUCAAUAUCCCGAUUAUUCGGUGGAAGUAGGGGCUUUGGAUUUUUUAUUUAGUUUUUUUUUGAUAUUGUUUAUAGUUUUUAUUUUUUAAUAUUUUUUUUUUGAUUUUUCCAAUUUUUAUUUUUUUUUAAAUAUUUUUAAUAUUUUUUUAUUUUUACAAUUUUUAUUUUUUUUUAAUAUUUUUAAUAUUUUUUUAUUUUUACAAUUUUUAUUUUUUUUUUAAUAUUUUUAAUAUUUUUUUAUUUUUACAAUUUUUAUUUUUUUUUAAAUAUUUUUAAUAUUUUUUUUUGAUUUUUCCAAUUUUUAUUUAUUUUUUUAUUUUUUAUAUUUUUUUCCAAUUUUUAUUUUUUUUAAAUAUUUUUAAUAUUAUUUUUUAAUUUAUUAAAUUUUUUUAGUGAGCUGGCCGAUGGAAUUGAGCUAUUCGGCGCUGAAGGUAAUCGCAUAGCAAAGAGUAAAAGAGUGGCUCCUCGAGCCAUCCCUGAAGUCAUUGUAAGCCGAAUUUUUAUGGCCAUUCCUUUCAUGGUCUCGGCCCCAAUCGUGAUGGAAAGACUGGUCAAGACCAAGUUUUAUCAGGUAAAAAUGAUUUUUUUAUUAUUUUUUUUUUUUUUUUUUUGAAACUUUAUUAUUUUUCGGAUUUCAAAAAAAAUCAGAAAUUCCGAAAAAAUCAAAAAAAAAUUUUUUUUUUAUUUUUUUCGAUUUUUAAAAAAUUAUUUUUUUUCCCAAAAAAUUUUAAAAAUCCAAAAAAAUCAGAAAAUCCGAAAAAAUCUAAAAAAAUUUUUUUUUUUAUUUUUUUCGAUUUUUAAAAAAUUAUUUUUUUCCCAAAAAAAUUUUAAAAAUCCGAAAAAAUCAGAAAAAUCAAAACAAAAAAUAUUUUUUAUUUUUUCAAUUUUUACUAAUUUUUUCAGAAACGCCCUUGGAUCGCAGCCCCAUUCCAAAUCUGCUUUGCCGGAUUGAUGCUGACGUUCGCCACGCCCAUUGGAUGCGCCUUUUUCCCGCAACAAAGCCAAAUUCUCGUCAAGAAAUUGGAGCCGGAGGUGCGAGACGCCAUUUUUAAUCUGCGGAACGCGCCAACUGUAGUCUACUACAACAAGGGACUGUGA